AUUCAACCUUAUAAUUAACAAAGAAGUAGGACAUAAAUAUGACGCCUAAGUCCACUACUCCACCACCAGGGGACUCUCAUAAUGAUAUCUCCAUAAAUGUGGGCACUCCAUCCCCUCGCAAGGACUUGGUGUUGACACUGUCUCGUACUCUGAGUGUACCAUCAACUAAAAAGUCUCUUGGAGGAUUAUCACGAUCGGGUUCUGUAAGAUCUAAGGGAUUUAAUUUAAAUCUAGCUGUAUCACCAUCAGGUUCCACACCUUCAACACAAGUUCCAACAUCAUCAGGAUUAAGAAAAUCUUGUAGUAUAACCACCAAUAGUCUUCAACAAGUUACAGAAGAUCCUUCACCAUUUCCAAGUAUGUCACCUACACCUAACUCGAUUACUACUGAAUUGAAAUAUGAUUUACCAUUACCUCUGCAAGAUCAACUUGUAAGUAUGAAUAUUGAUGAACAAUUAAGGUUGCUAGCCCUAAAGGAAAUGGCUGUAGUAGAAAUCAAAGAUGCAGUAAAUAAUCUCAAUAAGAAACUAGAAAAGCACGAUAAGGAGCUACAUGGACUACGAGAAAUCAUUCAAAGGUCACUAUAUAAGGAAUUAACUAUUUCUGCUACGAAAAAUGCCGAGUCAGGUGAUGCCAAUUCCCCAGCAUCAAGACCAAGACAGAAUAGUAAUCCCCGUGAUGAAGCUAUAGCAAGUAUAAAAAAUAGAAGGAGAAGAACUCUUUCAUCGAAUUCUCAUCCUAACAUUGCUGGGAUCUUGAACAGCUCUGAGCCAGGCAUAGAUGAUGGAGAUAUAAAGUCUAAUUCCAAGAUUUGGAGUAGUCUUAGUAAACCUUUGAAUUUCAUUCAGCAAAUUGAUACAAUGUUACUGAAUGAGUUUGAAAAGUCAUUGAUACCAACUACUAGCGCUACUAAUCCCUCAAAUUCUUAUAACCCUCGACGUUCGGAAGAUUCUAUCUCCAGUUAUGGUUCGUCUGUGCCAUCACCUUUGAAAUCCAAAUCUUCUUCUAUGAAUACAAAUCCAGAUAUCGAUCAGUAUUUGAAUACAGAAUAUGGUGCACCUGCAGUCAAAAGUAAUGCUGAAGAUAUGAUUCAUACUGUAUCUUCAUCUAUAUGGACGUUUGUUAAUGAUGUCAAGACCAAUGUCUUAGCAUCUCUACGAGAAGAAGAUUAUGAUUAUAAAGGUAACGGUUCAACGGUUUCACCUCCAACUAUAUAUAAUCUUGAUACGGGAUCAACUGUAAGCUUGGAUAAGAGUAGUGAUCUUGAUAAAGAUAUAGGUAAUGACACCACAGGUAAUGACACCACAGGUAAUGACACCACAGGCAAUGACACUAUAAUUUCGCUUAAUGGACGAUUAGAUGAUGACGAGGUGGAGGUUUAAUCCUCAAAAAUAGAUGUUUGGUUACUUUAGAUGUUGUUCUGGUUAUUUUUGGUUAAUCGGUUCGGUUUUGGUAUGUUUUGGUUUAGUUACGGUUAGAUACAUUUAUAAGUCGGUU